UGCACACCGUUUCUUCAUUCCAAUGCACACGCAGAGCGGAGCAUAAACUUUCCGCAACCACGCCGAUAAUUCGCUCAGGGACUUAUUACUACAAUAGAUAAACCAAGCGGAUUGUAUCGGGAAUAAGACUUGAUCAUGUAUGUCCGUAAUUGUGAAAAUGCAUAGUUGGACUAUGCUACAUUAUGGUAUUUUGAUACAAGAAGUGUGAAGAUAUCAAACGUAUUGGCUACAGAAAAGACUUGGGAUUUUUUCCCGACAGACCCUGUGAGACGGACAUUUACUUCCCUCGGUGUCGAUUAUAUGAAAUAUUAACGGGGAUAUUUACCGAACCGUUGUUGGGAACAGGGUAACUUCUCUUUGGUCGUUUGCCAAAUGCGUCUACGGGUUGGACAACUACGGAAUCUCGUUUCUCUGGCAUAAAACCCACUGGAAAUAAUUGAGUAAGGAGAGGGCACAAAUCUUCUCGUACCUUGCUCAUAUUCCUAUUUCCCUCGUUGGUUUUAUGGAGGUAACUCUGGGUUUGGGUGCUUGACGCCGUUGGACUGGGUGCUUGACGCGGUUGGACUGGGUGCCGGAACACCUCGGAUUGUAUUCACCCGUCUCUCCCUCUCUCCCCUGGGGUUAUUUUUAUGUCCGAGCUGACCGCUUUAUGACAAUGGAUUACUUGCUGGUUUUAUGCAGCCUCUGGUUGCACAUGGCCUCAGCUGUUGAAGAAACAUUAAUGGACACCAAGUGGGCCACAACUGAGCUAGCCUGGACCGCUCACCCUGAAACUGGGUGGGAGGAGGUGAGUGGCUACGAUGACGCCAUGAACCCCAUCCGGACGUACCAGGUGUGCAACGUGCGCGAGGCCAACCAGAACAACUGGCUACGCAGUGACUUCAUCCCACGCAAAGACGUCCUCAGAGUCUACGUGGAGAUGAAGUUCACUGUGCGCGACUGCAACAGCAUCCCCAACAUCCCCGGCUCCUGCAAGGAGACCUUUAACCUCUUCUACUACGAGUCCGACUCAGACUCGGCCACGGAGACGAGUCCAUUCUGGAUGGAAAAUCCCUAUGUGAAGGUGGACACCAUCGCGCCCGAUGAGAGUUUCUCCAUGUUGGAGUCGGGAAGGGUGAACACGAAAGUACGGAGCUUCGGACCUCUUUCCAAGACUGGGUUUUACCUGGCAUUCCAAGAUCUGGGGGCUUGUAUGUCGUUGAUUUCUGUCCGGGUCUUCUAUAAGAAGUGUUCGACCACCAUCGCGAACUUCGCCGUGUUCCCCGAGACGGCCACGGGGGCAGAGGCCACGUCGUUGGUCAUCGCGCCCGGAACAUGUGUUCCCAACGCUCUUGAAGUGUCCGUGCCUCUAAAGCUGUACUGCAACGGGGAUGGCGAAUGGAUGGUUCCCGUGGGAUCGUGCACCUGCGCGUCCGGGUUCGAGCCCGCGAUGAAGGACACCCAGUGUCAGGGUGAGUGUGACAUCAAGGACACUCAAUGUCAGGCUUGCAGCCCGGGCACGUUCAAAUCCAAGCAGGGCGAGGGUUUCUGCACACCCUGCCCACCCAACAGCCGUACCAGCUCUGGCGCCGCCAACUUAUGCUCCUGUAGAAACGGCUUCUACCGCUCAGACACAGACUCACCAGACAACGCCUGCACCACCGUUCCCUCGGCCCCGCGCAACGUCAUCUCCAACGUCAAUGAGACCUACCUGGUCCUGGAGUGGAGCGAGCCUCGUGACUCGGGCGGCCGCGACGACAUCUUCUACAACGUCAUCUGCAAGAAGUGCCUGCCCGAGCGCGGCAUGUGCUCGCGCUGCGACGACAAUGUAGACAUCUCGCCGCGCCACCUGGGCCUGACGCAGCGGCGCGUGGCCGUCCGAAACCUGCAGGCCCACACCCAGUACAGCUUUGAGAUCCAGGCCGUCAACGGCGUGUCGAAUAAGAACCCGUACACGCCUCAGUUCUCCGCCGUCAACAUCACCACCAACCAAGCCGCUCCAUCUGCAGUACCUACAGUUCACCUGAUGGGGGCCACAGCUAGCACCAUGAGUCUUUCCUGGCUGCCCCCUGAAAAACCCAACGGGAUCAUUCUGGAUUACGAGAUUAAGUACCAUGAGAAGGACCAGGGAGAAGCUAUUGCCCACACCAUGACCGCCCAAAGGAGUUCUGCCCGCAUCGAGGGGCUGAAGGCCGGCACGCCAUACGUGGUCCAGGUCCGGGCCCGCACGGUGGCCGGGUACGGUCGCUACAGCAGCCCGGCCGAUUUCAGCACCAACCUGCAAAGUGACCCAGAGAAGUCUCUUCAGGAGCAGCUGCCCCUCAUCGUGGGUUCUGCCACUGCCGGUCUAGUCUUCAUCAUAGCUGUCGUUGUCAUCGCCAUCGUCUGCCUCAGGAAGCAAAGGAAUGGCUCUGAGUCAGAGUACACAGAGAAACUUCAGCAGUACAAAUCCCCUAUAGUCACGCCGGGAAUGAAGGUCUAUAUCGACCCCUUCACCUACGAGGACCCCAACGAGGCCGUCCGAGAGUUUGCGAAGGAGAUCGACAUCUCCUGCGUGAAGAUCGAGGAGGUCAUCGGCGCAGGUAACCAACCAAAGCUCCUGAGCUACAGGGGGAAGACUGCUAGUCACCUCCAGGCCAUACCGUUAGAGGACUUCACGCCAAGCGGAGAGUUUGGGGAGGUGUGUCGUGGGCGUCUGAAGCUGCCCGGACGACGGGAGAUCAUUGUGGCUAUCAAGACACUCAAGGUGGGCUACACCGACAGGCAGAGGCGGGACUUCCUGAGCGAAGCGAGCAUCAUGGGACAGUUUGACCACCCGAACAUAAUCCGGUUGGAGGGCGUGGUCACCAAGAGCCGACCAGUCAUGAUCGUCACAGAGUUUAUGGAGAACGGAGCGCUGGACUCUUUCUUAAGGCUCAAUGACGGGCAGUUCACAGUGAUCCAGCUGGUGGGCAUGUUGCGUGGCAUCGCCGCGGGCAUGAAGUAUCUUUCUGAUAUGAACUACGUUCACCGGGACCUGGCAGCUCGCAACAUUCUGGUCAACAGCAACCUGGUGUGUAAGGUGUCCGACUUCGGCCUGUCGCGAUUCCUUGAAGACGACGCCACGGACCCAACCUAUACCAGCUCACUGGGAGGCAAGAUUCCGAUUCGCUGGACGGCUCCCGAGGCCAUUGCCUACAGGAAGUUCACCUCGGCCAGUGAUGUGUGGAGCUAUGGCAUCGUCAUGUGGGAAGUGAUGUCGUACGGAGAGCGGCCAUAUUGGGACAUGAGCAACCAGGAUGUUAUCAACGCAGUGGAGCAGGACUACCGGCUGCCCCCGCCCAUGGACUGCCCAACGGCACUGCACCAGCUCAUGCUUGACUGCUGGGUCAAGGAAAGAAACCUCCGGCCUAAAUUCUCCCAGAUCGUCGCAACGCUGGACAAGCUCAUCCGCAAUGCCGCCAGCCUCAAGGUGGUCACCAGCAGCACGCACUCUUCCGGGGCGUCGCAGCCCCUGCUCGACCGAUGCGUCCCCGACUACACCACCUUCACCACCGUGGGAGACUGGCUGGACGCCAUCAAGAUGAGCCGCUACGGUGACAAUUUCCUCAAUGCCGGAUUUGCCUCCUUCGACCUCGUGGCCCAAAUGACAGCAGAAGAUCUUCUUCGGAUAGGAGUGACAUUGGCAGGCCACCAGAAGAAGAUUCUAGGCAGCAUUCAGGACAUGAGACUACAGAUGAACCAAACACUGCCUGUCCAGGUCUGAGAUGGACCAACCAGAGAGACAGGACAGGAAGGAGAGGGAACUGUACCAGAGAGAGAGAGAGAGAGAGAGGGAGAGAGAGAGAGAGAGAGAGAGAGAGGGAGAGAGAGAGAGCCAAUGGGAAACCCUAGCUGCCUGACCAUCUCAGCCAAUCAGAUGAAGACAAACCUGGCUUGCAGUGCCUCGAAGGGACUAGACGUUGUGUCUUCUUCUUCUGUCUUCCGCGCCAAUGUUUCCUGUUGUGUUCUAUGUUAUUAGUCCCACGUUUUGACAAGAUUUAGCUGAAUGAUUUUUGUAUAAAAAAAAAAAAAAAGAUGUUUCUAAA